AGGCGCAGCUCGAGGGCAGAAACUCGGCUCCUCUGUGUGUAGUGUUUAGUGUUUGUGCAGAAGAGCAGCGAGGAGCAGGCUGUACAAAAACUUUCCUCUGAACACACAGCAGACAUUUCUGUAAACACUCUCUGGAUAAUGCACGAAGAAGAGGAGAACCUUCUGCCUGAACACAGCUUCACAUUGUAGUCCUCCAGCAGUUUCCGGAUAUCAGCCCACCACUGUUUUUGGGGAAGAUUGGCUCUGCAUCUGUUGGGAUUUUUUGUUUUUUUCCAUCUCUUCCUCUCGUUUAUCGGUGAUAACUUUACACUUAAUUCACCUUUAAACCUGCUGCAGCCACACCAUGGAGACUGAGUGAUAACAAGGAUGAUAUCUUCGCCUGCAUUGAGAAGUUGAGCUCUGUGCUCGAGUUCAACAGGGCCACUUCCUGAUGAUGACAGUAAACAUGGAUGACGGUCUCCAAAAUGGACCGGGACCACACAGGAACUCACAAGAUGACGAGGAGGCGCUGAACUCCAUAAUGAAGGACCUGGCAGCCCUGGGCCGCUGCUACACCCAGCACAACAGCCACAAGCCCAAAGUCAGAACAUUGCUCUACAAACAGGAUUUAAGAGUCAAGCUGGAGCAUGAGAGAGAGAAACGGAUCAUCCCGUUCCAGAGGCCGCUGAAGAUCAAAGAGCUGCUGCAGAAAGUGACCGAGGCCUUCGGGCAGCAGAUGGACAUGUUCUUCAUGGAGAAAGAGCUGCUGCAGCCCCUGAAGACGCAGGAGGACCUGGAGCAGGCGGUGCUGACGCUGGGCUGCAGCUCCGGGGCCAACGGGCUGCUCAGGAUCCUGCUGAAGACCCCCAAGAACAACCAUUACCUGCAGGUGAACAGCAGGGACAAACAGAGCGAGAUGCGGUCUUCACGGUCACUCGGAGACCUCAAGGGUUCCCUGCUCAAAGGCUCUGAGAGGGUCCGCAAACACUCAACAGGGUCCCUGCACACCGGUCGGACGUCCCCUCCUCCCGGCAGCGUUCCUGAAGAGCAGCAGCAGAUCGCUCGCCAGGGAUCCUACACCAGCAUCCACAGCGAAGGGGAGUUCAUCCCAGAGCACAUGCUGGAUCCAUUCGGGAGCGCGGACAACUCGCUGUCGAGCAGCUGUCAAUCAAUAGAUCAAGCCCUGGACAGUCCUCCUUUCUCGCAGAGCAACCGGGACAACAAUUACCUGAACCUCAACUACGAAUACAAAGGUCGCCACGGGAAAGGAGGGACUUUCCCUCGGCAGUUCCAGUUGCCCAAUCGCAGCAAGGAUUAUGGAGACCGACGCAGGACACUUCCUCGCAGCUUCAUGCCGCAGGAGAACCUGUUCCAGCUGGUUCCUUCCAGCCGGACGCGCAGUUACAACGGGGAAAACACGCUGCAGUACGGCGACCUGCGCUCUCUGGGACGCACCGCCGAGAAGAGCUGCCAGCGAGGGUCGGCCAAGUCGCCGCGGGCUCCAGUCAACUGGCGUCAGGGAAAGCUUCUGGGGAGGGGGGCGUUCGGGGAGGUUUACCUCUGCUACGACGCUGACACCGGGCGCGAGCUGGCCGCCAAGCAGGUGCCCUUUGACUCCGACUGUCAGGAAACCAGCAAGGAGGUGAACGCUCUGGAGUGUGAGAUCCAGCUGCUGAAGAACCUGCGUCACGACCGCAUCGUUCAGUACUACGGUUGUCUUCGGGACCUCGAGCAGAAGAAACUCACCAUCUUUGUGGAGUUUAUGCCCGGGGGCUCGAUAAAGGACCAGCUGAAAGCCUACGGGGCUCUGACGGAGAAGGUGACCCGCAGAUACACCCGGCAGAUCCUCCAAGGAGUGUCCUACCUGCACAGCAACAUGAUCGUACACAGAGACAUCAAAGGUGCUAACAUCCUGAGAGACUCGACAGGGAACGUGAAGCUGGGAGACUUCGGAGCCAGCAAACGUAUCCAGACCAUCUGCAUGUCAGGCACAGGGAUCAAGUCUGUCACCGGCACCCCCUACUGGAUGAGCCCCGAAGUCAUCAAUGGGGAGGGAUAUGGCCGGAAAGCUGAUGUGUGGAGUGUUGCCUGCACCGUGGUGGAGAUGUUGACUCAGAAACCUCCGUGGGCCGAGUACGAGGCCAUGGCGGCAAUUUUUAAAAUCGCCACGCAGCCUACGAAGCCCAUCCUUCCCGACUCGGUGUCGGACGCGGCGCGGGACUUUCCUGGCCAGGUGUUCGUGGAGGAGAAGUGGCGGCCGACUGCGGACGUUCUGCUCAGCCACCCGUUCGUUCUGGGCUGUUUCUGAGGACCUUCACCCCUUCUCUCCCCUCCUCUCCUCUCCGGGCCUCCCCCUCCAACUUCCUGCCCGGAAAUCUAUCACCAGUGUCUGCCUUGCCAGGAACGCUGCAUCCCUCAUGCAAACUACACUGAAAAAACUGAAACGUUGACUUUAAUUAAAUGUAUUAUGUCAACAGAUUUCACAUAACUGUAUUAGGUUAGUUGAAAGCAAUAGUAUUAAGUUUAAAUACAAAAUAUCAAGUUCAACAUAAUAAUAGAUAGAUAGAUUGAUAGAUUGACACUUUAUUGAAGUAGUAGAAACUUAUAUACAUAGGAUAGUAUAUCAAUUACAGAUGUAGGUAGCUGUUGUGCAAAUGGUUGUAGAGCGGGAGAAACUGAAACUACGGAGCUGAAAUUAUUAUUUGUAUUAUUGCUUUCAACUAACCUAAUACAAUUAUGUGGAAUCUGUUGACAAAAUACUUUUAUUUAGAGUAAGCAUUUCAGUUUUUUCAGUGAGAUGAAGCCUGAUUCGUCACCAAGAGGCCAGGUCGACGUCGAGUGUUGCCCCAAGAGGGGAACAACGAGAAAGCCCUUAGUGGCUUCACAAGCUACUGACUGAAAGAGCAGGACACGUGACCAAGAGCUGUGACGCCUCAAGAUUUUGGGGGAUUUUUACUCAUAUACUGCCGCAGAACAAUGUCCAGGUUCAGCCUGAGAGCAAUGUCGCCCACAUCUGAUAGUAGUGGAAGUCAGUGGUUCCCAACCGGGGGUACAGGGGGAUAUGUAGAAAGAUUAUGGAUUGCGAUUUAUUCCCACACAAAAAACACUUUUAUAUCAAUUUUCAUAAGUCUGGUAUAAGUGUUUUAAUAAAAGACUGAUAGUGGGAAGUGAGUUUCAAUAUAAUUUCUUCUGCUAAAAUAACUCUAAAUGUCAAGGGUGAGUUACAGAAGGGAUUUUCAUGAGCAGUUGGGUUGAAUUCAAUUACAAAGGGUUUAAUACAAGAACAAUGUAGGCGAUGAUCACAGAUGAGUGAGGGGAAAGGUUGGGAACCCCUGCUGUGAGUUACUCAUCAGCUGUGUGUAGAGAUGGUAGAAUAUAUUUUAUAUGACAUACAAUACAAAGUUUUCUAUCGUCACCUGAAAAAAUGGUCAAUGUAUUUUGUCAACGCCUUACAAUAAGAGUUUGUAAGUAAGAAUGGUCUUUUUUUCCACGGCACUCAGAAACCCCCCCGUUUUUAGAAUGGAUUGUGCACUUUUGAUAUCAUGCAUUGAAACAUUUCCAACGUGCAGGAUAAUCAACGGAGAUAUUUUUCUAUUUGAAGCAUUUUCUUUUUAUAUCAUUGAGAAUUGUUGUGUCAAGAAAAAAAAGAACCCAAACUUUUUUUGCAUCAGUUAAUAAGCAAUACCAGCUGUACUGUUGGAGUCAUUCCAGCUUCCCAUGCAGUGAGCCUUGAGUCCAUUGGAGAAACAGUAGCCAAAGAAAAAGGGUCAGAAACUUUGGGCUAUGUUCAUGUUCAGUAUUAGUCAUUAUGGAUCGAUUUCUCACCUCAGAGCCCAAUACGCCUUUUCUAUGUUACGGCAGCUUGGUGCACAGUAGUCUGCACAGACCAAAUCACAUUGUAUCAGUAUGAAAAGAAAUUCAAUUGAAGUUUUUUGUUCAGUAUGAAUCCAGUCACCCCAUGCCUUUACUUUGAUUUAAUGACCACUUGACGCGACACCUCACUCUCCAAUAAUACCGCCAAAAAGGGGUCAAGUUGGAAAUCCAGAGCUAAAUGCUGACAUCUUUCAAAUGGAGGUGUAGUGAUACGGUGGCACUUAAAGAAUGAUCAAAUCUUUUUUCGACCCUUGUCAGUGCCUUAUCUGAAUCUGCUUGUAAACACUUAAUGUUCACUGCCAAAGCAGAGCUUUUUUAUAAUAAGGUGAGCAAAAGAGAGCACACACAGGAUUUGCUGAACUUCUUUUAUAUGAAAAAAAGAUUAUACUGUAAAUACAUAUUGUUCUGCACUUUUGUAUGAAAUUUCUUUACAUUCUAUACAAAUCUAUUUGAUGAAAUAGCUACGUUAUACAGUAGGUUGUACUGUGAUUUAGACGGGAGUGUCUCUUUGAGAGCUGUCAGUAGGCAGUGAGACGGCUGGAGGCUUUCGAUUGGGACAGUUCGUUUUGUCUUGAUGACGAAGCCUUGAAACAUGAAAUGUAUCAAGUCAUUGAUCUUUUGUACAUUUAACUUAAUAAAUCCAAGGUCUAAGACUA